GCCUCAGAGUGAGGAGAGCGAGCUGGGGAGAGCAAGGCAGUUCCGAGGGAAGGACCGGUGCGAGUCGGGCAGCCCUUGAGGCUGUGCUCGCCCACCUUCCUUCCACUCGUCCUCCUCCUCUCAAGCUCUCUCUCUCUCUCUCUCUCUCUCUCUCUCUCUCUCUCUCUCUCUCUCUCUCUCUCUCUCUCUCUCUCUCUCUCUCCAACUUUUCUCUCUCAAAUCUCCUAUUUAGCCAAAGGAAGGAGGUAAGGGGAGCUUCCCCCCCCUCCAAAAACUAAUACAACUUUAACAGUCGUGACGAGUGGUCGCCGACUGGCCAUGGAGCUGCUGUGCUGCGAGGUGGAGCCGGUCCGCAGGGCUGUGCCGGACCGCAACCUGCUGGAAGACCGCGUCCUGCAGAACCUGCUGACCAUCGAGGAGCGCUACCUCCCGCAGUGCUCCUAUUUCAAGUGCGUGCAGAAGGACAUUCAGCCGUACAUGCGCAGGAUGGUGGCCACCUGGAUGCUAGAGGUCUGCGAGGAACAGAAGUGUGAAGAGGAAGUCUUUCCUUUGGCCAUGAAUUAUCUGGACCGUUUCUUGGCUGGAGUCCCGACUCCUAAGACCCACCUUCAGCUCCUGGGUGCAGUGUGCAUGUUCCUGGCCUCUAAGCUCAAAGAGACCAUCCCGCUGACAGCCGAGAAGCUGUGUAUUUACACUGACAACUCCGUGAAGCCCCAGGAGCUGCUGGAGUGGGAGCUGGUCGUGCUGGGCAAACUGAAGUGGAACCUGGCUGCAGUCACCCCUCACGACUUCAUUGAGCAUAUCCUGCGCAAGCUGCCCCAGCAGAAGGAGAAGCUGUCCCUGAUUCGCAAGCAUGCGCAGACCUUCAUCGCGCUGUGUGCUACCGACUUCAAGUUUGCCAUGUACCCACCAUCAAUGAUUGCAACCGGAAGUGUGGGAGCAGCCAUCUGUGGGCUUCAGCAGGAUGAAGAAGAGAAUACACUCACGUGUGAUGCGCUGACCGAACUGCUGGCCAAGAUCACCCACACUGAUGUGGAUUGUCUCAAAGCCUGCCAGGAGCAAAUUGAAGCGGUGCUGCUCAACAGCCUGCAGCAGUUUCGUCAAGAGCAGCACAAUGGAUCCAAGUCUGUGGAAGAUCUGGACCAAGCCACCACCCCCACAGAUGUUCGGGAUGUUGACCUGUGAGGAGGAUGCCGUUCAGGCCCGCAAGAGAGAGGCAUAUUCAUCUGCUCGCUCCUUCUCUCUAUAGUCAUGUUUUGUUCUUUGUGUUUUAGGGUGAAACUUUAAACAAAAAAAUCUGCCCCCACCUAGAUCAUAUUUAAAGGUCUUUUAGAAGUGAGAGGAAAAGGCCCUAUGGUUGAAACCCAUGUGGUACCUGUUCAAAGUACAGCAUGAGGGGAUCCCUGGUUUGUGAGAACAGUUGUUGUUUGACGAUGUAAAAGUCAUGGUGAGAUGCUUACAGGAGAACGUGCAGACUAGUUUGAGAUUAUGUACACCUGCAAUAUGGGAACAAAUUUGUGGACACUGUCUUUUGUGCUUGUGAACUAGUCCAUAUGCCCCUUUUAGUAGAAUUGCAAGGAGCCGUGGAUGCCAGGAAGGCAUGAUUAGAUUGCAAAGUGGCAAACCCAAGAAGGGAUCAAAAGCAAGAAGGGACAGGCUGGGGAGGUUGCACAGAACCACCUGUCCACAUGACUGAACCAUUUUGGAUGUAAGAAGCGCCUUGGUGCCUCACCGAGUGUUACCCAGACCUAGCAUGGUGGGGUCUCUACAUUGCAUACUCUCGCUGUCUACAGUAGCUGCUAUCUAAGGGAUGUGUCUUUUGCCAGUAGGACAUAGGUGAUUGGCUUCUAAGUCUCAUAUUUGGUGAGUUUGUGCUUCUUCCUCUAAACAUGGUUCAUUGUGGAUGUAUCCUACUGUUAUCUAAUGGAGGGAAUUAGCUAUGGGCCCUGACCAAACCCAUCUAAAUGGGGGUAGAUGGAAUCUGAAACAAAGCUUUUUUAUGUAACAGAAGAGGGCAAGGUGAUCUUUAAUCCCUUAUUAGGAAACAACAACUUAAUCUUUGGUGCUGAUUGGCAUUUCUGGUCCACAGUUUGACAUUGCUAUAAACCAUUCCAUUAGAAAAGCACUUUGAAAAAUUGUUCCAGUGGGGUGGGAGGGGGUGGGGACCUAGAUGGGAUGGUUUAUGCAAUCAUGUUGAGUACUCCUUCCUGCUUUGCCCCCUCUCCUUCCCAACCCUUCCUGUUACUGUUCAUUUCUGGAGUCCGAUGUUCUGGUACCCAACUCUGGUGUCCCUACAAGGACUAACAGAUCCAUCCACUGACAUUCCUAUCCCAGCCUAAAGACAAAGGUCCUAAACCAUUCUGAUGGCAUAGAAGGAUUGAAUUCCGUCUGUAGUUUUCUCCUUUGGACGUGGAAAGAAACAUCAGGGCGCGGCAUUUUGCUCCCUUUUCCGUUUUUGGUUUUUUACCCCAUUUGUUUGUUUGUUAAUUUUACAGCAAAGUUGUAUUCAUUGUACUUGAAUUUUUCCUCUCCCACUUCUUUGAGGCAGUCAGUAAACAGAAGUUGGAGCCACAGCUGUUAAUUGACAGAUAAUGAAGCUAUUUGUUAAAAUAUUUGCCUUUUUUUUUUUAAGAGAAAAGAUCAGAACGGGGAUGGUUCGAAGAAUUAAUUUCACACACAGGUUCUGCCUUGUGUCAUUGUGUGAGGGUUGAAGACAGAGAAACAUCUAGGAUCUCUUAUUUUCUUUUGUUCUGUUUUUUAUUAUUAUUUUUCGCUGCUAAGCUGAGAUCAUUCAUCCCUAUUCACAUUAACAGUACCUAGCUGUAAUGUUUCACGGUGUGCUGCUAUUUUAGAAACAUUGUUAUAAUAUAUUAUUUUACUGCUUAAAUUUCAAGUCCCGAAGUAGGUGGUUGAGAUGAGUUCUUUGUACUGGAAAGCUUUUCCUUGGUUCGUUUUCUUCUGGUAGCAUAUUGAUGAGUUAUACUUCAUCUUUUUUGGUUCCUUUUCUUUCAUGGUUCUUUUUUUCUUCCCUCCUCUGAUCACAUUCUUCAAAGAGAGUAUUAUUUACCUCAGGUUUACUGGACAAAAUCAAUAAUGAUAACAAUGUACGUUUUUGUUUUCAUGAUACCUCAUAGCUACACAGUUUCUGUUUGGAAGGCCGCUACCAGGAGGCACAGAGCAGAGGGCAGGCAGAAGCUCGGCAUCCUCCUAGGUGGAAAGCAGAAGGGAUCUGACCCCAGGGUCUCAGGUCCAGGGAUCUUUCCUGUCUCAAAGGUCACCAGGCUCCCCUUUGACUCAGGCUCCCUGCUCAUGGUAAAAGAACACGCUGAAGGGAGGCCUCCUUUGAACAAGGCAGAUGCUCAGCAAACACAGGCAGUGAAGUAGCCAAGCCUGAUUUGCAUGCAGUCACCAGAAUCAACAAUCAAGAAUUUCGGCUGAUUGUUAGGAGACACACCCACAUCUUACAUCCCGUCAGAAACGGGACUUCUUUCUAGGGCCCCUUCACCAUGAAAGUUGACCAGUUUACUUCUUGACACCGACACCCCAACUUAGGACGGUCUUCAAAGUCUUCCUAGGACUGAGUCUGCAGCACUCCCGUCCUCCGCCGUGGCAGGCAAGUGCUGUGUAAGGGACAGGGUGUCUGUGGGUGGCAUUGAGUGGCUUCAGGGUUUGAAUCCCAUUGAGUGGGCUACAUAGGAAGCACAGGUUGAAUGAGUUUGGGAUGCAUGUUGAACGGGAGUGAGAGGCCAUUCCUCUGGUCUCGAGUGUAUUUAGGAAGGAUCAGGACUCGGAGUAAAAGUUAGCAUGACCCUAAAAUUCUAGGGAGUUUAUGGUGGAACCGUGGGUGAUGAGUUCGGGAAGUAGAGAGGGAAAAGGAGAAGCCUGCCGUUAGCCGGUGCCAAUCCACACUGCACAGCCCACUCCCCUGAUCUUUAAGAACCUGGCAGACAAGGUCUCUUUAGUUCUUGGGCAACUGGGGUGCCUGGUGAGUCACACAAGGCACAUGAGACCUUGGAGGUUAACAGGAACACGGAAGAAGAAGGCUGCUGCCUGCCUCUCCAGUCCUCUGACCUGGGGUGGAGAGAGGAGACACCUUCUGUCUGCCAUCCUCUGAGCCUGUGUGAUGAGGUGUGCACUGUGGUGGCUACGCCUGCUCUUUGCUUAUGCAAGGGAAGGGAGCCUGGAUUCUUUGGUGGCCGAUACCCUCUGCUUAGAUUUGGAUCUCCUUGGUAGUAUUUUUGUCCCAGAGGGGUAUAAGUCACCCCGUGGAUUUCAGCUUGUCCCCUCCCCCCCCCCAUCCCCUUCACAUCCUACAAAAGGGAUUGCAGACUCUGGUCUUUUUCUGCCUUUGUUAAUGAGCUCUUGUUUUUGUUUUUGUUUUCUUUUGUCAUCAUUGUUUGUUCUUUCUCCAUCUGUGGGGGCUAGGUUGUUCCCCACGCCUGCCAAAUUUUGGUCCUUCCCUGUUUUGACCAAAUCGUAGGGGGAAGGAAACCCAAGUAUGCCAAAAAUAAUAUGCUAAGCAUUAGGAGAUUCCUAACAGUCCCCUAAUAGCCAGGCAGCCUGUGAGAGGACAAAGGCUGACCAUCCACCUGUGCGGAGUAGCUAGCUCCUUCUAGAAGGGAUAGCGUUUAGAAGUUGCUUCGGUUUGAACCGUCCCCAGGACGCCACAGAAGAGCAGGGCACAUCUUGGAGGCAGCUAGCAUAAGGUAUGUGCCUACCAAGACAGACUCCUAGCAGCUACGCAGGCUGGGGGGUAUAUGUAGCUGUCUGGGAUCCCCUCCUGUUGCUAGCAGGAUAAGUGACCCCUCAGAGGGAGCUUAAUAGUUUUCUUAUAGUCUAGUUCUUUGGGGACCUACCAAUCUGUGCCUUGAGAACUGUAGGACCAAGACUAAGAUUGAAUGGCUUUCACAAAGAGGGCAGGUGAGCUUUCUCUAUGUGGGUGGGCUAUGGGGACAGGACUGGGAGGAUCACACUUGUACCUUAUGUCCUGUAAAUACUGAUUUUCUGGUUCCAGAGGGUAUACUGGUGGCGUGGAAACUGGAGGUAGCAGUAAGAAGCCUAAGCAAGCCAGUUGACUUUUAAGCCCAAAGGAUCCUCUUUGCCUAUCUUAGACAGUCAAACCUUGGGAAUAGCUUUAAAAGGGAAAUGAAUACCAAGUCAGUGAAGUCCCCUUAAGUCAGCAAGGCCCUCCAUAGGUACACGUUGCACACACGCUUUCAUGGGUGCAGACUCUGGGUGGUUGUCAACAGCUGCAGCUCUCUCAUCCCUUUGUAUGAAAUCAGGUAGGGAGACCCAGGAGGUGUUGUGACUCCUGUACCCCGCGUGGCCUUUGAUGACUCUAGAGUCUAAACAGAAGAGGCGCGUGAGCCAGAACCUGUGCCAUUCUGCAUUUAAACUUGGCUGGGCCAUCAGACCCAUUCUUGGCUCCAGUUUGAAGAAGCCAUCAACACAUACACUUGAUGGAGUUGCAGGCCCAUCACUGCCUGCAGCCCACUUGUGGGGGAGAAGUGCCUUACUGACCGUAGCCGUUACAGUAGCCACUUGAUUUCAACAGGUGCCUAUCUUUGACAAAAAAAGGAAGAAAAAAAAAAAAAGAAAACCUUAAACAGUUCUCCUAAGUUUCAUUGGCUGUCAUUUUCAUGCUGAUCAUCUUGUAUGUCCCCAGCAAGUCACCAGGCCAUUGAAUUGUCUCCAUUAUUAUCCUUCUGCCGUGUACCUCAGAUCUAUCAUUUACGAUCUCUUGUCUCGGAUUGUUUUCUCUCUUUCUUUUUCUUUUUUAAUUUGCUUUAAGAGUGUGAUACCAUAUAAAAUCAAUGUUAUUCUCUCACCGUGUACUCUAUAACAGGUGUGGGUGGUUUUUAGAGUUGGGAUACUAGAAGAUGCUAAAGUAGCAUGAUCAGGGUGAACAACAACAAAAGAGGUCUUUAGGAAAUCCGGGGGGAAACACAUUGUAUUGACUAUGACAGUGAUGUCACAUAGUCAGCUGUUAAGUUUUGACGUGAUCUUAAAAGGAUAACAUGUUCUGACCAGUUUGAAGUCGGAUUUGAGGAUGGAGUUGUAAGUGGUUUUGAAUGCAAUUAGGUUAUGCUAUUUGGACAAUAAACUCACCUUGACCUAAAA